AUGGUUGCGGCUCCUGUUAAGCACUACAAUGACUGGCCCAACACCCAAGGAUUCCAUGUCACAUAUGAGGAGCGUGAGCCUGUUGAGCUACAGGUUCAAGGAAUCAUCCCAUCCUAUGCCGCUGGAACAUUGUUCAGAACCGGCCUGGGGUUGCGUGUUGUUGAAACGGAGAAGGACAAAACCUUCAGAGUGAAUCACUGGUUCGAUUACUUGUCUCAAGUGCAUCGAUUCCAGAUACAUGCGCCAACUGAGAAUAAUGGCCCCGUCAGAGUUACAUACAACUCGCGAUCCAGCUGUGAUGGUCUUAUAAGAGAAAUUCAAAAAACCGGUAACAGGCAGGGAAUGACUUUCGGAGCCAAAUAUGACCUUUGUGAGUCUUUCUUCGGAAAGAUUCAGUCCAUAUUCAAGACUUCAAAAGAUCCCACCAAGCUGCCAGCCGACACUUUCAGUCUGGCCGUCACUCUUUCUGUCAAUUAUCCUGGACUUUCGCCAACAGGUGCUAAGAGUAAGCAACUCUACUCCAAAGGGUCGGUCCAGACAUUGUGCAACAAAACCGACAACAACGAAAUCCAGAUGCUCGAUCCAGAAACUCUCGAGCCUAUUGGAAUUGCGACCCAGAGUACCCUGCACCCAGAUCUUAAAGGACCGAGUAGUGGAACCCAUGCGAAGUCUGACCCCGAGACAGGAGAUGUGUUCAAUUAUAAUCUGGAGUUUAAGAAAGGGACAGGCUACUACCGUGUCUUCCGCUCAAAUGUGUCAACUGGCAAGACAAGCAUCCUAGCCUUGGUGAUUGCCGAUCCUGCAUACAUCCACUCCAUCUCCCUCACCAAACACUAUGUGAUUCUGUGCGUUUGGAACUCAAGAUUCAGUUACGGUGGUGCAUCGGUUCUUUGGACUAAGAACAUUGUCGAUUCUCUCAACCCCUACGAUGAAGAUAUAAAAUGUAUGUGGUACAUUGUCGAUCGACGGUCCAAAGAGGAAGGUGGCCAAGGCCUUGUUGCAACCUACGAGUCUGAUGGCUUCUACUGUUUUCAUACCGUCAACUCAUUCGAGGAAUCCACGUCUGAUGGGAAAGUAGACAUUGUCUCGGACCUUAUCGCCUACCCCAAUCUCGACAUCAUCAAGCGUUACUACAUCGACAACCUGAUCUCCGAUUCCCCAACCGCUGCAACAUUCUCUAAAGAUCUCAGCUGGCGACCACGCAUGCGUCGAUUCCGGCUACCAGCUGUCCCUCAAAAGAAGGGUUCCAAAUCUGCAGACAAUGUAUUGAAGGCCACAUCAGAGCACACGGCCGAGUGGAAGAUUUCACCAGAGCUACCCACAAUCAAUCCAAGAAAGGUGUUGAAAAAGCAUCGAUAUGUGUAUGGGCUUGUGCACACUGGAAAGUCAACUCUUUUUGACGAUCUUGUCAAGUAUGAUCUUGAAACACAUACUGCCAAAGUAUGGAGUCAACAUGGGCAUUCGGCAAGCGAGGCCAUCUUCGUCCCUGACCCUGCUGCACCAGAAGACGACGAGGACAACGGAGUACUGUUGACGGUAGUAAUGAAUGGCUUUUCAGGAAAAAGCUAUUUAUUGGUGCUGGAUGCCAAGCAGAUGGUGGAAAUUGGCAGGGCGAAUGUUGAUGGGGCGAUUGGUUUUGGUUUCCACGGAACUCAUGUGCAGUCCAAAUUGGUUCCUGGUGUAGAAGGAGGUGCUCUCCAUGUUUAA